GACUCAAAGUCCACUUUCUUAAAACUCCAUAAGUAAGCAUUUAUAAAAACUAAACUAUAGUAAAAGAAAAUCAUUGACCAAAAAUGGUUUCAUUUUCAUUCUCUUUAUUUUUCCCUUCAUAAUUCUCUGUACUUUAAAUUUCAUUAUUUCAUCUCUAAAAUCUAAAACUGCUACAACCAUGUCCCUCACUCACCACAAAAAAGAGGAUUUUCCUCAAGUACCACAAUGAGACAAAUGAUGCUAUUACUGUAGAAAAGUGAAGUAGAAAUUAUUGAAGAAAAAAGGAUGGCAGAGACAACUGCUUCAAAUUCUGCUUUGCAAGUGUCUGUUUCUUUUGGUAGAUUUGAGAAUGAUUCUUUGUCUUGGGAGAGAUGGUCUUCAUUUUCGCCGAAUAAGUACUUGGAAGAAGUUGAGAAGUGUGCCACACCGGGAUCAGUAGCGCAGAAGAAAGCUUACUUUGAAGCUCAUUAUAAGAAGAUUGCGGCCCGGAAAGCUGAAUUGCUUGCUCAAGAGAAGGAACUUGAGAAAGAUUCUUUCAGAUCAGAAGAUCAAAAUGGUAUAGAUCUGAGUGAAAAUGGUGACGAUAACACUUGUGAGACUGAUUCGGGGUUUCAGAUAUCCAACACUCAUGGUACUACUGAUGAACACGAUAAGCAAGAAAUUGGAAUCAGUUUGGUUGAUGAAAUUGGCAGGAGUCAUGUGGAUGACUUGAAGGAGGAAGUUGCAGUUUCAAUAGAUUACCAAAGUUCAUUGGCUGAGGUAGAGAACAAAGAGGUAGAAAGUGGAUCACAGUCACACGGUUCGUACAAGAUAGACGACGCUGAAGAAGACGUGUCCAUAAAACAACAAGAGCGUCUUGAAAUUGAAGUCGAAGAUGUGAAGGAAAUUGUGUACAAGGAAACAGAAAAGGCUUUAGAAGUUGAAGAAAAAGAUGUGAAAUUGGAUCAACCAAAGGAAUCUAAGGUUAUCGCUGCGAAUAGGGAAAACAAUGCAGCCAAGACAAAAAAGAAAUCUGUGGUACCAAAAUCUAAGGCAUCUCCAAUUUCGACACCAAGAAGUUCAAAGCCUACGUCAACUUCAACUAAAACAUUGGCAUCUGCCUCUUCAACUAAAAAAGGAAAUUCGCCGUCUUUACCUAAGAAGCAAGUUACUUCUAGUGUGGAGAACAAAAAAGUUACUAACAGAUCCUUGCACAUGUCUAUGAGCUUAGGUCCUAGUAAUCCUGAUCCAGUUCCUCAAACAAGUGAUACUCCUAUGAGGAGAUCUCUCAUAAUGGACAGUAUGGGGGAUAAGGACAUAGUCAAACGAGCAUUUAAGACAUUCCAGAACCAGCCAAGAACUUCCGUCGAAGUAGACAAAUCUGUAAAAAGACAGGUUCCUUCAAGGGGGACUGCAUCAAAGGUGCCAACAACAUCUACUGCUUUGCGGAAAGAAAAUGGACGGCCAACUACGGUUGAGAGGAUGGAUAAAAGAAGUGGAAAUGCUGUACGAACUUUGGGCCCAAAAAGUGACACCAAAUCUGAGAAGGGGAAAGAGUCCUCAAGAAAACUAGAGGAAAAACCUAUUGCAAAAGAGGUACGACAAACGUGUCUCCAAACAAAAUUGAAGGAGGAAAAAGAGGCAGAGAUGAGAAAGCCAAAACAUGAUUUCAAGGCCACACCCCUACCAACCUUUUAUCGUGGUCAAAAAGUAUCAAAAAGUCGCGCAGAAAAGGGUGAUGCUAAGACUGAGAAUCGGCCGGUAGCUGCUACACAAGUGGUGAAGGUAAAGAGAGGUGUAAAUGAAUAGAAGUUAAACACACCAGUGAGUCUGGUAGUAUAUGUUCAGAGUAUAAAACAAUGAAAACAAUUCAACCCUAUGAUAUUAUAGUUCAGUAUGCAACAGUGGAACAGUCUUCUAGUUAAAUAGGGAGCUUAAUUAUGAACAUUCUGAGAAGUUCGUAGAAGGAGUAGACAUCAUUUAUUGAUGGCAAAUUCUUCUUCUAGAAAAUUCAAAUUAGAAAAUAAUAUUGUAUAAUGCUUGUAAUAAUGUGAAAAAUGCAUAUAUUUUCUUGUA